AUGGCACUGCAGAUGGAGAAGCAUGCCCCUACAUUUUGGAUGGCUCUCAGCAAGCUGUUGAGCCCAUCCGAUGAGCAGCUACACCUGCAGGCCCGGAAACGGACUGAAUAUCGGAAACGGGAGGGAAAAUCAGUAGUGGAUACGGCAGCAAUGGAGCUUGAUGGUAUAGCAGAGGGUGAAGACGAAGCAACCGAGGUGGAGACGCGUGAGGAUGUUCUGGAACGGCAGAGAGUAGCACGAGUACGGAUGAAACAAGUCGUAUGUGUGAGCAUCAUUAUGAACAAUCGAAAUUUACAUUGCAAUACUCUCCAAACUCUUGUCGGUGUAUUUCUCCAUGCAUGCAAUGCACCGGAAAGUGUUCUAAACUUUGCAUCGCACAUUGGUGUAUCCAACUCACCCAGCACAAAUGAUACCACUAUCACUAGUCUCAGCGAAGACUCUACGACUGUUGUCCGUGAAUCCACGACUAAGGGAGAGAGUGGAUUUUCAUAUGACAAUGUCGAUAUUAAUUUGAAACACUCAUUCUCCUCCGUCGAGCAUCCAACUGUGUCACUCAUCCAUAUGACAUCGCGGAUGAGCUUCCCUCUUCAACAUCUCAAGCCAGGAGAUCUUGACUGCGCGUCAGAACUUUGGCGGCGCUCCGAUCUAAAUCCUCACCGAAAGCCAGAGGACAAGUACUAG